AUGCUCUGUCCCGGCGGCGCAUCCGCGGCCCGGACGCCGACGGCGCCCGUUGUAGGACGGCGCGCCGCUGCAUGCGGUGUCGGCCUGCGCCGACAGGCCGACGGCGGCCCCGACGACCGCGGCCGGCCAUGUCAGCGCCGAAAGUUCAGCGUAGACAACCGAGAGACCGCCAUGCCCACUGCCAACACGAAACCCCGCCCGGCCGAGACCACGCAGCGCGGCGUGGUGGCGCCCAAGGGCCCGUCGCUGCCCCACGAGCGCGACCAGCAGAACCAGGCCACCCACCCCGAUCCCGACCCCGAAAUCAAGCGCGCUGCACGCGACCUGAAGCAGGGCCAGGUCGACACCGACUUGCGCGCCACGCCAGGGCUGGACGCCGAACGACGCGGUGAUCUGGUUCAGGGUGGCGAGCACGGCGCCGGCGACCGCAAGCCACGCGAGAAGCGCUGA